AUGGAACGGCGCAAAAAGCAGAACGAGGGUCUACUAUCGGUGUAUCCGCCUCCACCAUGGUACUCUCGGUAUUUUACGGACGAGAAUGUGGCCAAAGUGAAGGAUUUACAGAGCUCUGAUAACUCCCAGCUGUUGGAAGCACCACUCAAAUAUCUCACUCCUCCAUCUCCGCCGGAAGCAGGAGCAUAUCAUAACUUUGGCGACGUAUGGCAGGUGAACGACAAGUUAGCAACGCUGGAAGAUCUCGGUAUCACCCAGGUCUACGAUGGAGCAGCCAUUCGAGGAGAAGGACAGGAAAGUGGAGCUCGGGUUCUGGAGCUGAAAAAGUUGACAAAAUCGCUGCUGCUCGCAUUUGUGGAACUCACGGGAAUAAUGGGAGUUUCUCCCGAGCAGUUUCCAGCGAAAUUCGAACAUGUCCGGGUUCUGCUCAUCAACAUCCAUCACAUUCUGAAUGAGUACCGGCCUCAUCAGGCCCGUGAAAGUCUGGUGACCCUCAUGCAACAACAAAUCAACGACAAGAAACAGCAUGUGGAAAACAUCCGACAGUCGUGUGAUAAAGUGCGAGAUACUAUUCGAGUGCUGAGUAAACAAUUCGAUCAGGUGGACGAGUUCGAGGAGACUGGAGGAGUGACGACUGAGGAGGUGAAGUACGUCUCUGGUAAGGACAAGGAUUUGUUGGUAGUCAAAAUGGCCGAACAAGUUUUAUAA